AGGAGACAACUAUAACGUCACUCAAUCUUGGACCGCUUUAGCAGAAGGUCGAUUUGUUCUUUGGGUACGAAUAACGGAUAAUUCGCGUCCGAGCGUUCAACAUUUACAUUUUUAAGAUUUAACCUUGUGAUCAUCUAUCAAGAUACAAAAUAAAAUAAAGAUAGAUAUGUGGCACUUUUUGUGGAUCGUAUUUCUUGCAUUGGCAAAUGGCGAAGAAAUUAAAACAAUUUAUUCAUGGAACAUGAUCGAAUACAAUUUUCCAAAUGAUAAUAUUCGAAAUACGCUGAUAUCUAAUGGUGACUAUAUCGAAGAGAAUAAUAUGCCAAAUGGUAUGCAAAUUUGGAAUGAUAAAAUAUUUAUCACUAUACCACGAUGGAAGAAUGGUGUCCCAUCUAAUCAAUUCUUUUUAAAAAAUGAUGGAUCAGAAUCUCCAAAAUUAAACCCUUAUCCCAAUUGGGAAAUGAACGAUAUGAAUAAAGUUGAUAGUAUAAUAAAUAUAAUCCGUGUUAGAGUUGAUGCCUGUGAUCGAUUAUGGGGUGUCGAUACAGGUGUUAAUGAUAUUUUAGGCAAUAACACUGUUAUACAUCAACCGAGAAUUAUCAUAAUCGAUUUAAAAACAGAUAAGAUAUUGAGAAUUUACCCUCUAAAAAGUUCAGAUCAAACGUCUGAUUCGUUUUUCGUUGAUUUAGUAAUUGAUACAGAUCCAAAUAAUUGCGACAAUACAUAUGCUUAUAUUUCUGAUCUUGGUGGAUAUGCUUUAGUAGUUUAUAGUUGGGCUAAGAAUGAUUCCUGGCGUAUCACGCAUAAUUUCUUUUAUUUCGAUCCUCGCUACGGUAAUUACAAUAUCAAUGGAUUCAAUUUUCAAUGGAAAGAUGGUUUAUUUGGAUUAUCUUUGUCAGCAUUGCAAACCGAUGGAUACAAAAUUUUAUAUUUCCAUGCGAUGUCUAGUAUCGCUGAGUUCUCAGUAUCUACAGAAGUUCUGCAGGAUCACACGUUAGAAAAAUCUAGCGAUUAUUAUGCUUUUCAUUUCGAGGGUGAAAAAGGUCCAAAUAGUCAGGGGCCUAGUUCUGUGAUCGAUACGAAUACCGAUGUCAAUUACUUCACUCAAAUCAACAGAAAUGGCAUUGCUUGCUGGGAUACUAAUGUUGAAUUGAAUCCAAAUACGUUCAUUCUAGUAGCUGAAGAUAAUACAACAAUGGUCUUCUGCAACGAUUUAUCCAUCGAUCGAUCCACUAACACGAUGUACAUGCUCUCUGAUAAUUUUCAGCAACUUUUGUUCUCUAAAUAUGAUGUGAAAAAACGUAAUUUUUUCAUCACAAUGUUUGAUCUCGAUUUCUUAACGAAUGCUUGUACGAAAAAAGAUGAUAAACCUAAAAGACGGCUUCCUCAUAUUCUUUAAUGAGUUCAUGCCAAUGUAUAAAUAUAUUAUAUACUAUAAUAUAUAUUAUAUAUAUAUAUAUAUAUACAUAUAAUAUAUUUAUAUAUUCAAAAAUUAUUAAAUAAAUAUUUUGCUCAGA